UGGUCCUGUCUGUGGUCCUGUCCUGUCUGUCUGUGGUCCUGUCUGUGGUGCUGUCUGUGGUGCUGUGCUAGUUGCUGUACAGACAGUUGAUGGCUGAACGCGGGAAUCAUCUGUUGAAUCACGGAUGAAGACCGGAAGCUGGAUCAGAGUCCGGGUCCUGCUCCGGGUCCGGGUCUGUCCCUGUGAUGUGGACCUUCAUUAACUCCUUCUGUCCUCAUGUCCGUUCCCUCCUCAGACAUCCAACAUGUCUCCGGCCCGGUAACGGCGUCCUCCGCUCCAUGUUCACCCUUUUCCGUUUCCCGCGGAAGCCCCUCCCUGUUAGCCGUUAGCCGCUUAGCUCCAUAGCCGGACGACAAGGAGCAGUAGCCGGGGAGACGGAGGAGAAAAAGACGGGGAAGAAGAGGAAAUGAGCUCGGCGGAGGACGGCAGAGCACCGCGGUGACCGGACAGCGAGGCUGCCGCCGAAAGAACCCGCUCCAUGAGGACCAUGCAAUCAUUGCUCAACUGCCCUCGCUGUUAGUGUGUGUUUGUGAGUGUGUGUCUGUGUGUGUCUGUGUGUGUCUGUCUGUGUGUGUGUGUGUGUGUGUGUGUGUGUGUGUGUGUGUGUGUGUGUGUGAGGUCCAGGAUGGGGUUCGGUCGGGAUCUGAGGAAUUCCCACGAGGGAUUACUGAAACUCCAGGACUGGGAGUUAAAGCUGCUGGAGACAGUGAAGCGCUUCAUGACACUACGAGUGAAGAGUGACAAAGAAUACGCUGCUCUGCUGCUCAGCAUGACUCAGCAAACUGAGAAACAGGAAGCUGCUGAUUACGUCAGCACUGUGAGCAAGUCCUGGUCUCAGGUGAUUCGUCAGACUGAGGCGUUGGGGCGGGUCAUGCGGAGUCAUGCUGAUGACCUGAAUUCUGGUCCUCUGCACCGCCUGGCGACGCUGAUCCGGGACAAGCAGCAGGUAAAGAAGAGCUACCAGAGUCUUCAUCAGCAGCUGGAGAGCCACAACCACAAGGUAACCAGGAGUGACCUCGACAAACUGAAGGUGACAUACCGUCAGCUGAGCCGCGAUGCUAACAACGCCAAAGAGAAGUACAGAGAGGCUCUGUCCAAAGGUCGGGAGGCAGAGCGUGCCCGGGAGCGCUAUGACAAAGCGACAGCGAAGCUCCACAACCUUCACAACCAGUAUGUGUUAGCAGUGUGCGGUGCUCGAACGCAGCAGGACGAACACAGACGCCACGCUGCACCCGCCCUGCUUGAUGCUCUGCAGAGGAUGCAAGAGGACAUGACACUCGCCCUUAAAAGCAUCCUGGAGGAGUACUGUGAGAUCAGCAGUCUGCUGACGGAGGAGAUCGUGAAGGUUCAUCAGGAGAUCUCGGCAGCCGUCGAGCAGAUCGACCCGCUGGCUGAAUACCAACACUUUAUUGAAGCCUACAGGUCCCAGGAGACUCCUGAGGCAGGUGUGGAGUUUGAUGCAUCUCUAUUGGAGGAGACAGACAACCUGCCGGCCAAUGAGAUCCUCUGGAACACGCUUACGGCCGACAGCCUGCAGGCCAUGUUGUCGUCGGCGACGGAGGAGUUGGUGCUGACUCAGCAGAAUCUGAGAACUAAAGAGGCGUUAGCUGAAGACUUGGACACUAAAAUCCAGACGAGUCAGCAGAGUGCAGAGAGGAAGAGCGACUGUGUCCUCCUGCUCAGUCAGAAACUGUCUCUCCUCGAGCUCCAUCACGCCGUCCAAUCACUACGCGGCUCUGAGGCCCGCCUCGCCUCACAGAAGGCCCUGCUGGACGCCAAGAUGGCCGCCGCUGCUGCCUCCCCGCCCCCGCCUCCUCCUCCCCCCACACUGCCAUACGAGGAUGACGCCCGCUCCGUCGGCUCCACCGACAAGUCUAAGGAGAAGAGUUCAAGGUUCGAUACUCUCCGUCACUCUCUGGCUGGAAUGAUUCGCUCUCCUAAAGCCAUGCUGGGCUCGUCCACCUCGCAGUUUUUUGAUGUCAUCCCCACGUCAGAGCGCCCCCUGGCAGAACAGGAAUGGUAUCACGGCGCCAUCCCCCGGACAGAGGCUCAGGAGUUACUACGGCAACAGGGAGACUUCCUGGUGAGGGAGAGUCACGGUAAACCGGGCGAGUACGUCCUGUCGGUGUUUUCUGACGAGCAGAGACGCCAUUUCAUCAUCCAGUACGCCGACAGUCAGUACCGUUUUGAAGGGACAGGCUUCUCUACCAUCCCUCAGCUUAUCGAGCAUCACUUCUCCACCAAACAGGUCAUCACCAAGAAGUCUGGAGUCGUGUUGCUCAACCCUGUCAUCAAGGAUAAGAAAUGGAUCCUGAACCAUGAGGACGUUCUGCUGGGAGACCUGCUGGGGAAGGGUAACUUUGGUGAGGUAUUUAAAGGGACGCUACAGCGAGACAAAACACCGGUCGCCGUCAAAACCUGUAAAGAAGAUUUACCUCCGGAGCUGAAGAUCAGGUUCCUGUCUGAGGCCAGGAUCCUGAAGCAGUACGACCACCCGAACAUCGUGAAGCUGAUUGGUGUUUGUACACAGCGACAGCCGAUCUACAUCGUCAUGGAACUUGUUCCUGGUGGAGACUUCCUGUCCUUCCUUAGGAAGAAGAAGGACGAGUUAAAGACGAAGCAGCUCAUUCGCUUCUCGGUGGACGCUGCUGCCGGCAUGGCGUACCUGGAGAGUAAGAACUGUAUCCACAGGGACCUAGCAGCAAGGAACUGUCUGGUUGGGGAGGGCAGUGUCUUGAAGAUCAGCGAUUUUGGCAUGAGUCGUCAGGAGGAUGACGGAAUCUAUUCUUCAUCUGGACUCAAACAGAUCCCCAUCAAAUGGACCGCUCCAGAAGCACUCAACUACGGUCGUUACAGCUCAGAGAGUGAUGUGUGGAGUUACGGGAUCCUGCUGUGGGAGACCUUUAGUCUGGGGGUGUGUCCUUAUCCUGGGAUGACCAAUCAGCAGGCUCGAGAGCAGGUGGAGAAAGGUUACAGGAUGGCGUGUCCUCAGCGUUGCCCUGACGACGUGUACAAAGUGAUGCAGCGGUGCUGGCAGUACAAUCCUGAAGACCGACCCAAGUUCUCCGAGCUGCAGCGAGACCUUGCCGCCAUCAAGAAGAAGUGAUGACAUCAUCAUCACACACCUAACCAACAUCAGGAAGUGAUGACAUCAUUACACUCCUCGCCAACAUCAGGAAGUGAUGACAUCAUCAGAGACAAUAAGACAUUUCAGUCACGUCCUCAACAAGCAGAGUGCCAUCAGCAAACAAGAGUCACCUGCUUCAUGUGGGCGUGGUCGUUUGGUGGGCGUGGUCCAUUUAUGGGCGGGGCCAGCAGGUGUCAAAGUUCUUUAAAACACUAAACGUCUGUGAAACACUAAAACCAGCUGGAACCAAAGGAUUCAUUUGAGAGGUGGUGAUGAUGUCACACUACGAACUUCACUUAGCAUUGUCAGCAGGUUAGCAUGUAGCUAGCUAACUCAGCCGUCAUGUAGUCAUGACUACACUGAAACAGGUAAUAGAGCUAACAGUGCUAACAAUUUAGCAUGUACCCGUCUGACCUUUGACCUCAGCUCAGGUAAUCACUGCUGACCAGUCAGACUUUAAGCCACGCCCACAUCAGCUGUUAACACUAACAUGUUUGUUUUUAUUUAUUAUGCUUUUAUUUUUUUACAAACUGACAAAUUCUGAAGGAAAACUGACCUUUAUUUUGAAAAAAAAAACAAACAGCUGUCACUCAUCACAGAGACCACGCCCACCCAACCUUUGUUUCCUUUUAAGGAAGUGUUGUUGACCAAUCAGGAACUUCUAUGAAAGUUUUAUUUUGAAUCAGACGGCUCCAAAACACUUCCUGUUUACAUCAUCGUCAUCAGCACUUAGUCCAGAUACUUCUGGGUCGUCAUGGUAACAGAAACAAUAAAGUUUAAUAUAAAAAUGAA